AUGGAGAUGGACCCGAAAAUUAAGGCUCGAAUCUCGGAUAAUACUGGCGAGAAAUCAGAGAUGAGUGCAAAUGCUAAUUCAUCAGGACAAGUGGAUAAAGUGGAUGAAGAAAAUAAUUCUGUUACAAAUGAAAAAGCUCCCCCAGUUUCUACACUCGGAGGAUCAGGAUCCAGCUUGAUUCAAGGAGAUGAUACUGUGACUAAAGGAGAGAAUUUGUUGCCCAAGUCUUCGAGCAAAGUUGAUAAAGGACGAAAAUCAUCAUCUCGUUCGAAAACCCAUUCCAGCAAGAAGAAAGUGAAGGUGGAUUGGACACCCGAGUUGCACAAGCAGUUUGUGCAAGCAGUUGAACAGCUGGGAGUAGACAAGGCUGUCCCUUCCAAAAUUCUGGAGCUUAUGGGAAUUGAUUGUCUUACUCGCCACAAUGUUGCUAGCCAUCUUCAAAAAUACCGAUCCCAUCGCAAACAUAUGCUCGUUCGAGAAACUGAGGCAGCAGCCUGGAGCCGUAGGAGGCAAAUGUAUGGCAAAGAGAACGGGAAUUCGUGGACUGUGCCGAUCACACGUUUUCCUCCCGUUACACCAAUGCCUCAUAUUAGACCCUUACACGUUUGGGGUCACCCAUCUGUCGACCAAUCAUCAGCUUACAUGUGGCCCAAUUACGCGCCGCCAUAUCAUCUUCAGUCGCAGCCUCCUCCGCCAACUGAACCAUACUUUUGGUACCAAGAUGUUCCUGCACCUGGAAUGCCUUGCUUUCCUCCACAUUUUCCCCACACGACGGUUGCAACUCACCCAGUACCGGGCUUUCCAUCUAAUUCGAUGUACAGAUUACCACCAAGCUUUGGAGUCCCCAUCGGAUCAAAUGACCAAACUGUACCUGAACCAUCAUUAGACUCCCAUCCGUCGAAAGAGAGGAUAGAUGCAGUCAUUGGUGAAGUUUUAUCGAGGCCAUGGUUGCCUCUGCCUCUCGGACUCAAACCGCCGGCUGUAGAUUGUGUUUUGGUCGAACUUCAACGUCAAGGAAUAUCAAAGAUUCCUCCCACCUGUUUUUAG